AUGCAUUUGGCCGAGAUUGACGGUGGCCCUCUGGACAAUCAAUCAUCUAUCUUUUCGCUCAUUGAGCAAGGCCUGCGAAAGAACCCCCACGGGACUGCCAUUAUUUGUACACACCAGCCUGAAAGCCACCUAUCCGACCUAUUGGAGAUAAUCGGCACCCCGCAGCAAAGCAGCAAGAACGACUUUGGAUGUCUGGCUUUGACUUAUAGUCAAAUACACCACAUGGCUAAGAUACUAGCCACCGGCAUGCUUGCGAACGGUGUGCAGCCAAAAUCGAUAAUACUCAUGAUGAUUCCGAAUGGCGGCGAACACUGUGUGCUGCUGUGGGCUUGCAUCAUCAUGAGGUUGACGUAUGUUUGCGUCGACCCUUCGGCCUUGGACACAUCGAAACAAGCUGUGCUCCUGAACACUUUGAAGAUGGUGAAGCCAUCUCUUAUCGUAGUUCCGAACGCGACCGGAGCUGAAGUACUGCAAACUGCAGUAGUGGAAUCGCAUCUCGCGGAACCUUUGUAUAUCUCCCUACAAGGCGACGCCCCCAACGGUUGGAAGUCUCUGCUCGAUUUCGCUAUCGACGAGCCCAAAUUAUCACUGAGCCAAGACGAGCUCCUUGAUGCCGCGAGGGAUGAUGAUCCAAACCGGAUUCACUCUAUUCUUUUCACAUCUGGAACAUCCGGUCAGCCUAAGGGCUGUCCUCUGCGAGCCGGCGGUAUGAGCCAUGUCUUAAUAUCCCAGUCCUGGCUUCUCAAUGGUGACAAUUGCGCCUUGGCACUUCAACAAGCACACAACUCCCGAGCCAUUGCUCCUGCUCAGAUGCUACAAACGUGGAAAGAGGGUGGCGCGGUCGUCGCAUCAGGACGUGGGUUUUCGGUUGAUGACAUGGCAGACGCAAUUGAAAAGUAUCAUGUCACUUUCAUCGUCCUCUCGCCUGCUAUGGUGCACUCCAUAGGACAGCGGCUCGCAUCUCGUCCUUUCAACGUGGAAUCAGUGCGAUCAAUCCAACUAGGUGGGGAUGCGGUGACCAAAGACCUGUUGAUCAGAUGCGCUGCACUUUUCCCCUGUGCUAAAAUUUGCAUUAAUCACGGAAUGACGGAAGGCGGGGGCUCCUUCAAAUGGCCAUUUUUCAGUACACCAACCUCCAACAUACCCUACUUUGGAGAGAUAUGCCCGAUCGGCACAAUCGCUCCUGGAGCAGUUGUACGGAUAUGGGACACCGCUGAGGGCACAGUGUCGAAAAGAGAUCGACCUGGAGAGCUACAUCUGUGCAGCGGUAGCCUCAUUCCUCAUUACAUGGACAAAGUGUCAGAAUCAUCUUUCUAUGAGGAUAACAAUGGUCGCUGGUUCAACACUUGCGAUAUUGCGAUGAUCGCCAAUGACGGUCUCGUAUACAUACUCGGUCGAAAGAAGGACAUGAUCAAGCGCAACGGCAUUGCCGUUAUGCCCGCCGCCAUCGAGAGUUGUCUAGAAAAAUAUGUCGACUCACAAGCGUCAGUGGUCGCAGUGCCGCACCCAACACUCGGCCAUGAGCCUUAUGCUGUACUGAAAAGUUUCAAUGGGAAGAGCGAAGAUGAUAUAAGAUCUCAUGUCCUGUAUACCCUCGGCAACGACUACGAACUGGGAGGUUUGUCAUUGUUGGAAAGAAUUGGGCUCCAAGAAUUUCCGGUUAAUGAAACGCACAAAGUCAAAAAACUUGAAGUAGAAGCGGCUGUCUGGAGAUUUCUUAACGGAAAUUAA